UCUCCGCUUGCAUUCAUAUGAGGCAUAUCUUCCCCCCCUUCUCCCUCCUCCUCCCUCCGUUUUACGUCGGUGUUGGCGCGUCGGGAGCCCCCCUGCUCCGGUGGAGUCCCAGGCUAUAUAAGAGACCGGCGAGCAGAGUCCCUCAACCAGAUUUACGGGUUCCGGACUUCAGAGCCAGAAGAGACGGCGACCUGCAGCCGCCGAUUCACCUGCACUCCGAAAGGAGGGACGAAGGGAGAAGGUUUUAUAAAAACCUUGCUCUGGAGAAACAACAGCUGAAAUGACAGUCCAAUAACAAACCUUUUUUUCUGCCCCUCACUUCUACAACCUGUCUCUCAACACAUCUGAGGAGACAGGACACUUUUCAGCAGACCUUCAGCAGCACUCCGCUUUGCAACUUUACACCUGGAGGGACUCCGACGGCAGCAGCAGCAGCAACAGACCACGAUGUACCGCUCAACCAAAGGCGCGUCCAAGGCGCGACGGGACCAGAUCAACGCUGAGAUCCGAAACCUGAAGGACCUGUUGCCCAUCUCUGAUGCAGAUAAAGCGCGGCUCUCGUACCUGCACAUCAUGUCCCUGGCCUGCAUGUACACCAGGAAGUCCGUCUUCUUCACUCAAGGAGCGGGGUCUGCUGGUAGUCUAGAGGAGAGCACAGCGUUUCUGUCUUUUCAUGAGCUAUCGGAGCUGAUGCAGGCGAUGCCAGGCUUCCUGAUGCUGCUCACCGGAGAGGGGAAGCUGCUGUACCUUUCUGACAGCGUCUCUGAGCACCUUGGACACUCCAUGGUGGACCUUGUGGCACAAGGGGACAGUGUUUAUGAUAUAAUCGACGCUGCAGAUCACUUCAUCAUGAGGAACAACCUGUCUGCCUCUACAUCACUUGAGAUGGAUCGUCUCUUCCGUUGCCGUUUCAACACCUCCAAGUCCGUGCGGAGGCAGAGUGCCGGAAAUAAACUGGUUCUGAUCCGAGCUCGCUGCCUCGCUCCACCUUCCGCCACCCCCACCAGCAGCUCCUACUGGACCUCAAACCCCGUGUGGGUGUGUUUCUGCAACCCCCUGGAACCCCAGCCCACUCGCUCGGGGUCUGGGGCGGAAAGGGACCCGGCCUCUGCCCCUCCCCUGGCUGAGACCAACUUGUUCCUGGCUUGCUUCCACUCCCAGCAUGGCCGUGAUAUGAGGCUGCAGGUGGCACAGGACAGCAUGAGCACAUAUCUGGGCUAUGAUGUGACAGCUUUACGCUCCCGCUCCUGGUACAGCCUCCUCCACCCACAGGAUCUGUCACACGCCUCUGCUCAGCACCGCAGCCUAUUGAGAGAAGGUGGCGAGGGCAGAGCUGAAAUGGUGGUUCGUGUUCAGACUCACGACCUGUCCUGGAUUUGGCUCUACAUGGUGCUUCAACUGCAGCAUGGAGACAUCCCCAUUGGCAGCAACAACUACAUCAUCAGUGAUUCUGAAGCCUGGUCCGUGCGUCAGCAGCUCAGCUCAGAGCAAACUCAGCUGACCCUGGUUUUGAGUGCUGGUACAUCUCAGCAGGAGGGUUUGAGCCUACAGUCUCCAGACACCCUCUCUAGCCCAGACCAGGUGUUCACACCAGGUAGCAGCGGCCUGUCCGGCCAGUCCUUUGACUUCAGCACUGCAGGCUGCAGCGUUGGGUCCUCUGAUGAACCGGGGAGCUCAAUCACUGAGCCCAUGCAGCUGGAGGGAGACCCUCGCUCCAGUAUCUCCUCUCUGGAGGAGGAAAGUUUCUUUCAGCAGCAUCCAACUGAAACCCCCUCCGCUGCUUCUUCGCCCACUCCAGUCACCGUUGAAACAGUAGCAGAUUUAGACUUUUUAACCCAGAACAUUCUCCUGCCUCCCUCCUUCCAGCUCGACCCCCCACUGCCAGCUCUCCCCUUGCCUCUCCCCCCUGUGCCCACCUCACAAGCUCAGCAGACCAAAGAGUUUGUGUGCACUCCCCCUUACACCCCCCAGGUUGGUGGGACCAGCUUCCAGUUCAAUGAACCCCUCUUUAGCUUUGACCCAACUGGUACCACCACCCCACCCCCCUCAGCAACGACUGCCACUGCCACCACCUCCUUGGCCCCCUCAUCUUCCUCCACAGCCCCACCAACUACAACUUCCAGUCCUGCUCCGCCCACCACCCUCUCCAUCAAGCUCCCCCUUGCGCUGCCCACUCUCUCCACUGACCUACUCUUCCCUGUAGAGACCUGCAGUGGCUCCCUUUAUGAGAAAUUACCCCCCACACCUGACAGUCCAGGAGAUGGGGACUGCACAGUCAUGACCCUGCCUGAGGUACGGGGCCCACUUUAUGUAGAUGUACCACUGGGGCCCCUCCAGUGUCCCCCCGAAGGCCUGCUCACCCCUGAGGCAUCACCCGGUAAACAGCCCUGCCUCUCCUUUUUCUCUCAUGAGAGGGAGAAGGAGCGAGCAGAGAUUUCCCUCUUAGCUCAACACAUCAGCUCCCUGGCUGAAGGGUUCUACCUUGAUCCACUCUUGUCCAAACUCUCCCCUCCUUCACUAUCACCCUCCUCCUCCCCCCCAUCUCCCUUCCUGUCUCCAGCUAUCGAACCUGCUGAUCCAGUCCACAUGCUGAGGGAGUUUUAUCCCGUAAAAACAUGGAGAGGUCUGGACAUUCCCAUCUUCCUCGACGACGAUGAAUCUCUGUUUGAAGAGAACAUCCUAGAAACUCUCCUGCAAGAUGACUUUGCUCCGCCGCAGGCACCAAACCUCUCUGCCCUGUCCCCUCUGAACUCCCCUGGAUCAGAUCCCUCGAGCUCAACCUCUCCUCUGACCCCAGUCUGUUGGCACCAACCCUCCCAGUUUGAGGGAGUGGGCCACAUCUGUAGCGUCCAAUCGGCGCAAUGUAACUCCAUGGCCGGAUGCGGGGCGACCGUGGCUGCUGAGGCCGGGGCGAAGGCUGAUGGGGAGGGGAUGGCGGAGGAAGCGAUGGAGAUCGAGGUGGUGUCAUCUCCUGUGUCCUCUUGCUCCUCAAUCCCAGCUUCCCCUCCCCUCAUCCUCACCGCCUCCCCGAGCCCCACCACCUCCAUGCCUGUCGCCUCGCCCACGCCCGCCGUGUCUUGCACUCAGUCCCUCCUGGAGGAACUGGCAGUCCUGGAACCCAUGUUUGGGGCAGGUGCCUCGAUCGCCCCUGGCUUAGGGCAACAACCUGAGUUGUAUCAACUCCAAUGUCAUCCAUCGCCACAGUGCUUCCAAAAAGAUGGGAGUGGAAGUGUUCCUCCGUUCUAAAAUAAGUCUGUGACUUACUUCAUUAAGUAUGGCAUAUUGUCAUAUUUUGUGGAGACCCUUUUACUGAAAAGUAAAAAACAAUUAAGUGUAUAAAUAUACAUAAUGUAUAUACAACUUAAGGACUUCAUCUCCUACAUGUCUGCCAAGAACAAAGAUUGGCUUUAUAUUUUUGUUCAGUCAUUUUUCUGUGUAAUACUGCAAAAAAAAGGAAAAAAAAAAAAAACUGGUGCAAGAUUCACAAGACUGUGUGACUGCGUGGACCCAGAACUGCCUGGGUUCUGAGUACACGUGGUGACCUCUCAACAGCUUUAGAGAUGAUCAAACUCCAGAUACGUAUGUGUAUUCACUCGUAGUGAAAUAUCUGUUGUGAACAAAAACAAUGAUGCAUUUCUUGCUAUUUCAGUAGUGAGAUGAAUCAUAGCACUUUUUUUGCCUGACGUGCUACGACGCAAACCCAAAUCUCAAAUGUUACUGGAAGUCAAAUGUUUACAAUAGUUUACGUCCUAAGUGCGAAAACAAUCAGUAGAGGAAAAUAGGAAGAGUUCUUGUAUUACAUCUUCUGAUUCAGAUACCAGAGCCAGAGGGGUUCUGGUUUUAAAAGCCUUUCAAAACUUAAGAAAUGGCGUGAAGCAAAAACUGAGAUACUUUGAGCUUUGAGUUUGCGACUUAAACCUUUAACAUUUCAUAAUUAUCACUACAUCUGAGAUCUUGUGUAUCAAUGUGAUUUGCAAACAAAAAAGAAAACAUGUAAAGAGGUCCUGGCAACUGAAGAAAAACAGCUCCUCUGGAAGUUUGCUUGGACUCUGAUCAUGCCACAAACCCACUUCUACUCUGUACUGUACAUUAAGACUCUGAAUGUGGACUCAUCGGGUCCCCCUCCUCCUCUUCUUCUUCUUCUUCUUCUUCCCUGCUUUUGGCCGUGAGGCAGUCGGCUGGAUAUUCUUGCAGCAUCAAUAUUUGCAAUGCUGGCAGCUUAUAGCGGCUCCUGUGUGCCUGAAUCGGCCCCGCCUGACCUGCUGAACUCUGAACUCUUUGUCCACUUCAAACGAGUGGACGGUGGCAUCGUGGCUCCACUGGAGCGCGGUGCAGUGAGGCACAAAUUGACUAUGUUGAACAAGCGAUUCUUCUUUUUUGAGAGGGGCUUAGAAUACAAAGGUUUUGUUUUAAAAAAAUGAAAAUGGGGACGGGGUGCUAUUUCUAUUCAGUUAACUAACGACACGGGUUGAGAAUGGUACAAUUCCCAUGGUGUCGACAUGCUCACGUAGAGUUGUCUACGGUCAAGUAAAGGAUUGAUUCCUACGUUCUAGCUAUUCAAGGCUAAUUUAAUAUACAUGUGUAAAAAUUAUACUACUGUAUGUGUGAUAUUUGAAGAAAAAAAGAUGUUAAAUCAUAUGCAUUAUGUCUCAGGAUGUAGGCAUAUGUUCUUUUCUGAAAGGUUGUACACAUUUGUACAUUUGUAUGAAACAGUUAUUGGUCUGUACAUACAGAAGAGAGAUUUUUACUGCAUAAGAUGGAAUAUAUUCUGAACAUCUUAUUGUUACUAUUAUUAUUAUUCCUAUUAUUUACUGCAGAAUGGACAUUGUGAACCAGUGUUCUAUUGUGAUGCUUAUAAGUGUAUUUGGUUGUCAUACAAAUGCAUUUAUAUUAAA